AUGAUGCUCAUCUUCUUCGCCUUGUUCGGUGUCCUUGCCGGCCCCAUUCUCGCUCAGCACCCUGAUAACUGGAGUCAUAACAGCGGCUCGCCCACCACGAUUCCCGCCCUCGACUGUUCUGUUCGCGACUCCAAGACCAGCGCCCUCGCCUCCUGCACCAAGAGCCACGACACUCUCGCCACCAAUUACCCAGAAGAGUGCCGCAGUCUCCUCAUGGAACAAGGCCUCUUCAGCAGCUGCAUCACUGCCACCAAACCCAAGCCCUUCUCGAAGCCAACCUACACUCUCAUGGACGGCACCACCCAAGCCACCUUCACCUCGAACCGCAUCGUCACCCAGUUCAACGUUGCACCUCCUGACAUGAAGGUAGCCGAUAUUCCCGCUCCCACCAACUCCAUUGCACUCCUCGACGACCUCACUCACCCCACUGACCCCGUCUAUGACUCCGGCUACCCGCUGCCAUACUGUCCAGAUGUCGACCACUGCCCCGUCAAGUUCCGCUGGCGCAACGCCCCCUGGGAGGCGCCGCACGGCAUCUGCACCCUCUGCAAGGACCUCGAGAAUGUCGGCUGGGUCGGCUUGCCGUACAACACUUUCCCCUAUCACAUGCAGAUGUAUUUGUGCAAGAAGUGGCAGCCUCCUGCGGCCUACGACUGCUAG